AAAACACAAUAAAAAGAUGAGAAUCUUCGCGCUUUUAAUCGCGAUCUACAGCGAUCACAACACUUCGGUGGAAAACGACACGACAGCCGUAAGGUUAUUAUACAUAGCUGGGGUCGAUCUUUCGGUGAUUUGUUUAUUCGGAAUUUGUUUUCCAUUGGAAGAAAUUUCGAUUUAUGGCACUGCAUACGGUAAAAUCGUAUAUAAUCAACACGAUGUUGUGCGGCAUCGUCAGUAGGUAGUGGUGAAUCCUUGAGUGAAAGUCAGUAUGAAGUUGUCGGUGGUGUUUUUAAUUGUGUUUGCUGCACUUGUGGUCGAUUUACAAGCUCAAACUUAUAACAUUAGAGAUAAUUUCUUCAAUCCCGAUAGAGAUGAUGAUAAUGAUGAUCGAGACAGCAGUAAGCUCCCCAUCCCUAUCAUUACUGAUCAAGCUGCAGCCGCUAUAGUUCAAGGGUCCAACAUGCUGGCGGAUGCACUCAAGGCAGCAAUAGCGGAAGAGGUCUUCGAUAAGACGGGAGUCCUUACCAUAGUCCGGUCGUUAGUCACGGAGAUCAACAACAUGCUGAAUAAUCUAUUCACAAAGGUUUCUGGUGCAGUAACUAUUACUAUCACUAGAUCCAGGGAACCAGAAAGUUCCCUGUCGGACUUGAUUUCCGAAGUAAAGGAGGCCGCUGAUGAGAUCCACAGAAUUAUUGACGAUUUGAGGAAAUACGUCAAACCAUCUGAAUUGUCCGAUGUCAGCAACGCCCUAAAUGACAUAGUGAAAAGAGUGUUGAAUCUCGAUAUUUUGAAGCCAAAAUCACGCUCACCAUAUAAUCCAUUCCUCUUCGAUGAAUUUGGCUUUAACCGAAACAAGGAUAAGGAUGCUUACAACUACCAGGGCCUGGAUCUGCAAACGGUGAUUUCCGAUUGGUCAACUGCCAUUGAGGGAAUCGCUAAGGCCGUGCAAGUUCUGGCGAAGGCAAUUCAAAAAGUCAUCUCUACCAGAUCCCUGACAAUCUCGGUCCAGAAAUCGAUCUAUAAAUCUUUGUCCAUCAGUGGAUCGUUUCUGAGUUCGGUCUCGACGAAACUCAACAGUGCUUUGGAGAGCGCGAACACCAAACUCACCAUGUACGGUCAAACGAUUCUCACGCAAGUCAACCAAAGCUAUUCGUCAAUCACGUCGAACCCUAACAAAUGGCAUCACCGUCUGCUCAGCAAACUGUACGAUUUCCUCGCUUCCUACAGUGACUACGUUCACAAAGAUUACCUACACCCAACAUCUGCCAGUAUGAAGAAAGCCGAGAUCGAUAUUGCUUCCGAGUUUAUCAGAGCAACGAGGAAAUCCGGACUGAAGAUCUCAAAGGUAGCCACUUACAUCACCGAUCGUGCCGCAGCCAGUGCCAAUCCUCGAGCCUCGUCCACCUGCUCAAUGAGCCAAAUCACCAUUCUUAUGGGUCCAACCAACUCCCUGACCCGCCUGGCUCAAUGCAUAUCUGUAGAAUCUAGUAAUAUCCACGGUAUUUCUGGUCAAGCGCAACAACUGGUCACUGUGGCGAAAGACAAUGCAGCGAAUAUUGGCAACCAACUGUCGGUCUGUAACAGCGGAACGGACGAAUGUUACCGACAGUUCUCCGAAGUGUUCGACGGCAAGAAGAAGCGUGCCAAAAAAGAUCUGGAAACAGCCGCAGAGCAGGUGGAGAGUAUGAUGAGAAGCAUCACCGAACGGAUCACGAAUUGCCUGAAAGCUGUGGCGGAUGAAAUCGAAUCCACGUGCAGGAAGUGCGAGAAGGAUUUCGAUUUUUGUUUGAGGUUCUGAAGGACGGUUCCAGUUCAUCAAACAUAGUGAUGAGAUUGCAAAAUGCGGGAAGCAAGAUGAAAAUCUAGGCCUCUAUUAAAUGCUCAAGUAAUGCCAGAAGCUUGCCAUGAAAUUUAAGUUAUUGAGACUGAGCUUGAUAUUUAUUUAUUUAGCGAAUUUGAA